AUGAGCGUAUGCCGCAGCAGCGCUUGGUCAAAUCAGGUCAUUGCUGGUGCGUACUGGGUACACGCAGACCAGGUCUCAAAGACAGCCCCUACUGGCGAGUACCUAACGACGGGUAGCUUUAUGGUACGAGGCAAGAAAAAUUUUAUUCAGCCGUCAAGGCUUGAGGUCGGCCUGGCAAUUCUUUUUCGCAUUGAUGAGAGCUGCGUCAACCAUCACUCUCGACAAGUCGAAGAAAGCGCGCUGCUUACGUCGGACGGCGUCGACGAAGAAGACAGGCAAAAGGGAGGCAAGGAUGUAUAUUCUGAGGGGAUAUCUACAGAAAAGACGAUGUCUAUGGCAGAUAAGAGCACAGCAAUUUUGCAACCAGCUUUGAACAAAAAAGUAAUUGAUAACUUCGAGAAAAAUGAAAGGCGUGGUGAAGACGCAGCUUAUACGCAGCAGACCGAACGCGAAGGAAAGAAACGAUUGUCUGCAAAAGAGCGUCGUGACCUGAAGAAGGGCAAAACUCACGAUGACAUAAAGGAUAAUGCUGUUAAACUAGAGAUAAGAGCAGAGAAGUCCAUUGCUAUGACGGUGCAGACGAAAAAUGUUCGUGGUAAGAAAGGCAAGAUGAAGAAAAUGAAGAAAAAGUACGCUGAUCAGGAUGACGAAGAUCGUCGCUUACGUAUGGAAGCAUUGGGUCACGUUGUUGAGCAAGAAGGCGAAGUCGAGGCAAGAAAGAAAUCAGUAGCUGUUGAUGAAAGUAAUGACGAUGCGGAGACGGAGGCAAGUGAAGAAUAUAUUCGCCAGCAGCGCGAAAAGAAAGAAAAAUUUCUUGACGAGCAGGAGGCUGAAGCAGAAAAUGUUGAUUUUUUUGAUGCCUUCACAGGAGAACCAGGGCCGAACGACAUCGUGCUGUUCGCGAUGCCUAUGUGCGCACCGUACACGUCUUUGACCAAAUUCAAAUACAAGGUAAAGCUGACACCAGGUGGUCUAAAGAAGGGCAAGGCGGCAAAGCAAGCUAUGGAAUAUUUUUUUUCAUCUAACUUAAAAGAAGAGAAGAACGCCAAUCGUCCUAUGAGUGAUAUUCACGAUGAUUGUCAGCCGGAUGUGAAUCCAGUCGUCGUACAGCGUGAGCACAUGCGAUGCAUUGCCGAGAAUGAGCUUAUUAAUUGCAUGGUUGGUCCUGUCAAGAUCUCGGCGCCGGGUAUCUAUAGUUCCAACGCAAAAUGCAAGAAAGGUGGAGUCAACUGCUUAUCGAAUAAGGCAAAGAAAAAUGGUAACAAGUAG